ACAGAGCUGUUAAACUGCUGGGAAGAACCAUCCCAUCAAUUCUGAGGAGGACUGAAGGAGUGGAUCCAAAGAUAAGCCGAAGGCUUUGCAUUAAACCCCAGGAAGAAAGUAAACUUCAGCCAAAAAGUCGGUCUCCUUUAAGGGUGCCUGGAUACAAGCCCACAGACUGGGAGAAAAGAUUUUUGUUGUGGGCAGGCCAUUUCAAAAAACCAGAGGAUAUACCAGAGACUGUCUCGAUCGAAGCAAUCAGAGCGGCAAAGACGACGCUGCGUGUGAGGGCCAGCUAUGUCAUGAUCGUCCUGACGAUACUGGGGUGCAUAGUCAUGGUGGUUAAAGGGAAGCAGGCUGUAAAAAGGCACGAAUCUCUCGCAAGCAUAAACCUGGAGAAGAAAGCUCAGUGGAGAGAGGACGCUGCUCAGAGUAAAUCUGCUAAACCUUAG